AUGUUUGGUAUUUCCAAGAAGGAUGGCUCCACAAGACCCAUAAUGAAUCUGAGGCCUCUCAAUUCCUACCUUGAUAUCUCCCAUUUCAAAAUGGACAUUCUGCACACGGUAGCAGACGUGGCUUUCAAAGGGGAUUUCUGUGCCAAAAUCGAUAUGCGCGAUGCUUAUUUCGCAAUAAACACAUCUAUAGAACACAGAAAUUACCUGGCGUUUUGGUGGGACCAGACUCUGUACAGAUUCACCUGCUUACCAUUCGGGUUGGCAACGGCCCCUUAUGUAUACACCAAGCCAAUGCGAGUAGUGGCCGCGCAUUUUCGUGCGCGCGGCAUAAGAGUUAUCAACUACUUGAUGACUAGGCCUUUUUUGCGGACACGGAGAUUUUUCGAGUACUUGGGUCUCUCCAUAAAUUUACCCAAAUCUCGAUUGAUCCCUUGCCAAGAGUUUGAAUUCUUAUUCUUGAUCAUAGAUACAAGGAGAGGAGAGUUUAGAAUACCUCCCAGCAAGCUUGAGCAAAUCCAGACGGAAGCCUCGUCUCUAGUUCAGAAAAGAGUUAUAUCGGCGAGAGAACUCUCGGCGUUUCUAGGACGCGUCAACUUCGCAGCAAUGGCCUUCCCCUAUUCUACCCAUAUGACGCGGCGUCUGCAGCGCGAGCUGGCCAAUAAGACAAAUCCGUUUAUCAAAGAGUCAUUCAACAAUACAAUAGCACUAGAAGAAGAAACUAAUGAGGACCUUCUCUGGUUCCGCGAUAAUCUCAGUGCUUACGCCAGUCACCCAUUCACUCACUUCUCUCCUGAUACCUCUAUAGUGACGGAUGCCUCCAAGAGAGGUUGGGGAGCGGUUUGUAAUGGUAGGCGCACAGGGGAAGAUGGUCCGAGCAAGAGGCAACUUGCCAUCAACGUGCUAGAACUCCUGGCAGCCCUAUUUGGAUUACAGUCCUUCGGAGACAAAUGGAGGAACAUUAGCGUGCUCCUAGAGAUGGACAAUACAACGGCUAUUGCCUAUCUGAAGCGUAGGGGUGGCACGACAAGCGGCGGACUGUCCCAGAUAGCGCAAAGAAUAUGGUCUUGGUGUUUGACAGAGAUAUACGCAUCCUCGCAACCAUAG